ACGGAUCAUUGUAUCCGUUGCCUAUUGUGCAUAGUGUCGACGUUAUCUGUGUUGGUUAUAGGGAUGUUCCUACCUUACUGACAACGGGUGACAUAACCUAACCUAUGCACUUGCGUACCGUCAUGUAUUAAUAUCUCUACUGCUUUGUAAAUAAAUGAAUACAGCAAGCAAGUUGGUACGAAAAAUUCACACUGCGAGUCUUGACACCCCGUUUAAACUCUUCCGCUGUGAAGCUAAGUGUGUUUACUAUGACAUUAUUCCAUUCCCAACUCCUUACAUGUCAGGAGUAGCAGCGAAACCAGUAUUUCUGAGAAAUUUUUGUAAAAGUGUCUCAUUGUCUCAAAUAUUAUCGACGUCCUGCUCCAAUUUGAUGGAGUCUAUGACGAACUCUGCUGCACAGCAAACAUUCAAUCAAGCGUCAAUGGAAUCUUUCUUCGAAACGUACUAUAAUUCCAGUAGUAAUUGCGACGUGUCAUUGAAUUUCGCAUCGGGAAAUUUAGCGUGUGAUAGUGAUUCUCAAUGUAUUGGAACUAACACGUGCUUUGAAACGUCAGUAUCCUUAAAAGAUAAGUAUCUGUCGGAUAGACCAAAAUAUAAAGCAAUGAGAUAUUGGAAACGCUUGAAAAAGGAGAAGCUGGCCUCUAAUUCCGAGGACUUUUUUAUUGUGAGACUACUUUCUUUCAACAUUUUGGCUCAAUGUCUACUGGAAACUUAUCCAUUUUUGUACCAGGGUCACGACAAACGGGCACUACCCUGGAAGAUUAGGAGGCAGCUUCUCUUGCAAGAGAUUUUAGGAGCGCGAGCUAAUGUAAUAUGUCUUCAAGAAAUGCAAGAAGAACAUGUAGAGGAGUUUUUGGUUCCAUUCUUAGAGCUGGGGUAUAAUUAUUUAUAUAAAAAAAGAACAAAUGAGAAGAAAGAUGGUUUACUUUUUCUAUAUCGCUCCGAUCAGUUUAUUCUUUUGGACCACGCAAAAGUUGAGCUUUACCAAUCAGGCAUUGAACUCUUGAGUAGAGACAACGUUGGUAUAAUUGCAAAACUAGCUGUUAAAGACAGUCCUGAAAUACAGAUGGUAAUCGCAACGACACAUUUACUUUAUAAUCCCAAACGAAACGACGUCAGAUUGGGACAAACGCAACUUCUUCUGGCAGAAAUUGAAAGGAUAGCUUUUCUGGAGAACACACUGACAGGUCCCAAAUAUUUGCCAAUUAUAUUGGCAGGAGACUUUAAUUUAAAACCAUAUUCUGGGGUUUAUAAAUUUAUUACCGAGGGAGCAUUUGAAUACCAAGGGAAAGGAAGAAAUCUCCAGCAAGCAGAAUUUCGAUCUCUCUCAAAUUCCUUAAUUCCACCGCGACUAUGUGUUACGGACAAUUGUCAACAUUUUAAUAUAUUAAAGAAAAGGUUGCGAGGGGAAGGCUCUGCUACGGUAAUGCUGGAAAGUAGCGAGCAGAUGAAUUUAGGAGAACAUUCAUCAGAUAACAAUUCAUCAAUAUGCAGCGAAGUGAACGCGGACACGUCAGACCUUCAAGUCAUAGAAGUUGUGUGUGGUUGUCAAGCAAAGUUCUCUUCUGGCACUCUUACACAUCCGUUCCGCUUUUCCAGUAUAUAUAAACACCAAAAUCAUCAAGGCAAAUUAGAAGCUACAACUAACCAGGGGGCGUGGAUUACAGUUGAUUACAUUUUUUAUAGCGAUUUAGAACCUCUCGAGAGAUACCGAUUACCGACUACUGAAGAGUGCAGUACGUUGCCUACUAUACCUAAUUUCGCGGUUGGUAGUGAUCACUUUUGUUUAGGAGCUACAUUCAAGGUACGCAAAUCGAAACUCUAAAAGGGGAAUAUCAUGGGUUGUAAUACAAUACAAAAUUUUAUAAGUUUCAAGUUACAAGAAUUUUUGUUUUAAGCGUAUUAAUGUAGGACAUAAAAUGCAAAGUGAUAAAGUUAUUUUAUUUUAAAACGA